UUGUUAGCUUUAGCAUCCGAUGCUAGGACGAACAUAAAUACGCAAAGUAGACAUUUCAGAGUCAAAAGUUGUAAAUCCUUGGAACUGUGGCUGUUUAUCAUCUCACGGGCUCGAUAUUUGGAGGUCUGAAAUGGCGCAGAAAGGAGUUUAGCUGGAUCUGCAGCUGAAGACGGGUCACAACAACCCUGAGCUGAACACUGAGAGCUGACAGCCUCCUACUCUGCACAGACACGGGAUUUGUAGAUCAGAGCUGAGACUAGUUCCAGGUUUGAGGAAGUACAAACUUCAGUCUCAGUUAUAGAGAGGAGAAAUGGCGCAGACAGUUCAGCUGGACCAAGAAACCUUUUCUUGUUCGAUCUGUUUGGAUCUUUUAAAGCAUCCGGUGGCUAUUCCAUGUGGACAUAGUUACUGUAUGAACUGUAUUAAAACCUACUGGGAUGAAGGAGAGAAUAAAAUCCCCAGCUGUCCUCAGUGUAGAGAGACGUUUAUACCGAGACCUGAGCUGGUGAAAAACACCAUGUUAGCAGCUUUAGUGGAGGAGAUGAAGAAGACGGGACUCCAAGCUGCUCCUGCUGAUCACUGCUAUGCUGGACCUGAAGAUGUGGCCUGUGAUUUCUGCUCUGGAAGAAAACGGAAAGCUGUCAAGUCCUGUUUGGCCUGUCUGGCCUCUUACUGCCAGAAACACCUUCAACCUCACCAUGAUGCAGCUCCAUUCAAGAAACACAAGCUAGUGGAUCCCUCCAAGAACCUGCAGGACAACAUCUGCCCCCGGCAUGAUGAGGUGAUGAAGAUGUUCUGUCGUACUGAUGAGAAGUGUAUCUGUUAUCUCUGCUCUGUGGAGGAACAUAAAGGCCACGACACAGUCACAUCUGCAGCAGAAAGGACGGAGAGGCAGAGAGAGAUGGAGGGGAGACGACAACAAAUCCAGCAUGAGAUCCGGGGCAGAGAGCAAGAUGUGAAGAUGCUUCAGCAGGAGGCGGAGGCCAUCAAUCAGUCUGCUGAUAAAACAGUGGAGGACAGUGAGGAGAUCUUCACUGAGCUGAUCUCUCUCCUCCAGAAAAGAAGCUCUGAGGUGAAGCAGCAGAUCAGAUCCCAGCAGGAAACUGAAGUGAGUCCAAUCAGAGAGCUGGAGGAGAAGCUGCAGCAGGAGAUCGGUGAACUGAAGAGGAGAGACGCUGAGAAGAAGGAGCUCUUAGAUACCGAGGACCACAACUACUUCAUCCGCAACUCCCCCUCACUGUCACCAGUCUUUUGGUCCAUACACUCCUCCAGCACCAGCAUCCGUCCUCUCACACACUCCUCCAGCACCAGCAUCCGUCCUCUCACACACACCUCCAGCUUCAGGAUCCGUCCUCUCACACACUCCUCCAGCAUCAGCAUCCGUCCUCUCAGUCUCAGGUACUUUCAGGAUGUGGCAGCAGCUGUGUCAGAGGUCAGAGGUGAACUACAGGACAUCCUGAGAAACAGGUGGACACACGUCUCACUGCCCGACACUGAGGUGGAUGUUUUACUGUCACAAUCGGAACCAACAAGCAGAGCUGGAUUCUUGAAAUAUUCAUGUGAAAUCACUCUGGAUCCAAACACAGUAAACACACGGCUGAUACUGUCAGAGGAGAACAGAAAGGCGACUUUAACGGACAAAGAUCAGCCUUAUUCUGAUCAUCCAGACAGAUUCACUAAACAUCAUCUGGUCCUGAGUAGAGAGAGUCUGACUGGACGUCAUUACUGGGAGGUGGAGAAGAAAGGAGAUGAAGUUUUGAUAGCAGUUUCAUACAAGAUUAUCAGCAGAAUAAAGCGCUGGACGGCAAGUGGAUUUGGAGCAAAUGACAAAUCUUGGGGACUAUUUUGUGGCUCAAAAGUUUCUGGAUUGUGGCACAACAGCAUCAGAACCUCCAUCUCACAUCCUCAGAGCUCCAGGAUAGGAGUUUACCUGGAUCACGGAGCAGGAGUUCUGUCCUUCUACAGCGUCUCUGACACCAUGACCCUCCUCCACAGAGUCCAGACCUCCUUCACUCAGCCGCUCUACGUUGGACUUUCGGUUGGUAACAAGGAUGGAGCCUCAGCUGAGUUCUGUAAACUCAAAUAGAUGAUUUUUUCUUCAUGUUUUUAUUGAUUUUCUUUUCUUCUCGGAGACGAUCGUCUCAAACUCUGAUGGAUAGAGGGACGGUUUUGUUCUAUAAGUUGAUGUUUUGUUGUUAUUUCCUCUUUUGGAGGUGGAAGUUGUUCUUUUUUAGUUUCACCUGGGAAAUAUUAAUCAUAUUAACAUCUUCUAUUUCAGUAUAAAAACACAGAAAUAAGCCUGUGUUGGAAUUGUUGUUAACUAUUAGUUUUGAUAUGUUUUUAUCGGAUGUUGUAUUUCUUUUCUUCCACUUCAUGGACUCCAACAGACGACCCACCAGACCGUCUUCAUCUCUGAUAUCAUGUCUGCAUUCACACUCGUUUCCUCGUUCAUUAGCAAACCAAAGGUUCUUGUUUUCUAAAGAUGAAAACAUCUUUAAGACUCGAGCACAAAGUAAAUGAUUUCAGAAAUGUUAGUGACAGCAGCAACGCAGCAAACGGUUCAGUGAAGCCUCUAGUUGGUGUAAACUAGUGUGUUGGGGCCGGUAGUCAUCGCUGCAGAUGCAGGACCAGACUAGAUCUGCACAUCACAUGUUGUUGAUGUUUCAUGUUUAACAAUCUGAAUAUU